AUGGAAUACUAUUACACCUCGGACAGUUGCGACAGUGAUAGCAGGGAACAAAAAACCUUAGACCUCUCCCAUAGGUUGUUGGACUGUGAAACGAUAACAUCUGAAUUAAACAGCAUUAUCAACGAGAAGAAUUGCGCGGCGAAUUUCGAGACAAUCUUGCUUUACAACAACAGAAUAAAGGCGCUGCCUAGUGCUCUAAAUAGGUUCUGCAAUUUGAAAAUCCUGGAUAUUAGCAACAACAGGCUGACCGUUCUUCCGGAUAUUCUGAAAAAUUGUGCACUGACGUCCCUAAUAGCAAAACACAACAACUUAACAAAUGAGUCGCUACCGAAGUCUUUCUUCUCAGCUAAAAGUUCUCUAAAGGAGCUAAACUUGAGCGGAAAUCGACUUAAAUUUUUUCCGGAACAAGUGCUGGAACUCUCUUCACUUAGGUAUCUUUAUCUUGGGGCGAAUAAUAUAGUUAACAUACCUAAAGAUAUUUGGAAAUUGAACAGUCUACGUAUUCUGUCGAUUGGUGGAAACAACAUCAUUGAAGUACCAGAUUCCGUUGGCGCGCUAAAAACACUCCAGGCUUUAGUUCUGAGUGACAAUCAAAUCGAACAGCUUCCGGCAAGCAUCGCUAACCUUAAGCAACUUCGAUCGCUACUAAUCCACAAGAACAGACUCAAGACACUACCCACGCAGAUAAUCAAAUUAAAAUGUUUAACUGAGUUAAGUCUACGUGACAAUCCGUUAGUGGUACGCUUCGUUCGGGAAAUGGCUAUCCAACCGGCGUCACUUUUGGAGUUAGCGGGGCGUACCAUCAAACUCCACGAGAUACCCAUACAACCCGGUGAAGUUCCCCUAACACUCACCAAAUAUCUAAAGUCUGCACAAUGCUGUGUCAAUCCUAAGUGUAGAGGAGUAUUUUUCGACAACCAUGUGGAGCAUAUAAAGUUCGUUGAUUUCUGUGGACGUUACCAGAUCCCACUCUUGCAAUAUUUAUGCAGCUCUAAAUGCAUCACGGGCAGUUGGGAGAAUCGAGAAGCGGAAAGCAGUCCACCAAGCCACAUGAUGAGAAAGGUUCUGUUGGGUUAA